AGAAUGCCCCUUCCAGGUGCCAUCUGCUGCAACAGCUUGUGCUGGGUGUCCUGGUUACUGGUCAGAAAUCUUCCUAGGGUGCUGGUGGAGUUCUUGUCCUUGGAGGGGUUUCAAAGCCACGGAGCUGUGGUGCUGAGGGCCAUGGUUUAGUGGUGACCUGGCAGUGCUGGGGCAAUGGUUGGACUCCAUGAGCUCAGAGGUCUUUCCUGCCCCAGAGGAUUCCAUGGUUGUGUGGUUCCAUAAGAUGGGCUAAGAAUGAUCCAUUCCUGGCCGAGGCACCAACACCAGCAGGCGUGGGAAGAGCCAUUCCUUCCCAUCUGACCCUGCCCUCUCGCUCUCCACACAAGGAUGUUUCUGGUUCUCGUUUCUCUUGGCAGAGGAUCCACAUUCUCGGUCCCCUUCUCCUCCCCUCGGCCGCCUUUGGCCGCAGUCUCCUCCCCGUCCCUUCUCGGCUGGCCAGAGGCGGGCACAGGGAUCUGCUGCUGCCCCAUCCGCAGCCCUGCAGGCAGGCACCGCUUUGGACACCAUCACCCGGCAGGAGCAGAAGCGAGCCCAGGCUGCUGCUGGCAGGAGGCAGGCGGGCAGGGCAGCCUCAUCCUCGUGACUGCUCUGGGACCUUGCCUGUGGCCCAGGCAGGAGCUGUGGACGUGGACUCUGCCCGGAGCUGGGACCUCCUCCUACAGAAAGAGGACAUUCACCCGGGCUCUUCUGCCAGGAUAAAGCCCCAGGAUGCAGCCCAUGGCCCUGCACAGCCUUUCAGAGCUGGAAAGAGCCAGCCUGCAGGAGAUUGCCCUCUACAAGCUGCAGGAGAAGCUGCUGGUUGGAGACCUCAGCCUGGCCGAAGUUGGACCUAAAGGCAGCAAAUCCAUCCGCCAGAAGCUGGAGAGCUUCUCAAGGGAGAAGAAAGACUGCUCUCCUCAGACCUUUGGCAUCCCUCUCCACCAAGUCAUCGCCAACGACCGCACCUACCGGCAGCUGCAGGAGGCGGUGAGGAGCAGCCGCCGGCUCUGCCUCGAGGUGGAAGCCACCGUGACCAGGUUUCGGGCUCAGAGGCAGAAGAAGUCCCCAGUGGGCAGGAGCUGUGGCCUGGUCCCUUGUGGGGACUUCCCAGAGGAGCCACUGUCCCCAGUCCUGCCUGACAGCAGCUCCUGGAGCCAGAGAAGGGGCGCAAUGUCUGUGGACUCCAUCACUGACCUGAGUGACAACACUUCCAAGCUGCUGGAAGCACUCCAGUUGUCCCACCCUCACGAGCUGGAUCCACGGAGAAGCCUGGGCAAGAAGAAGAUGCUGAGCCUCAACCCCAUCAGCUGGCAGGUCCCACAGAUCGUGGACAGAUGCUGCAAGCACAUCGAGACCCAUGGUCUCCAAACAGAGGGCAUCUUCAGGGUUGGGAGCUCCAAGAAAAGAGUCCAGCAGCUGAGGGAAGAGUUUGACCAAGGGCUGGAUGUUUUCUUGGAUGAACAUCAAAGUGUCCAUGAUGUGGCUGCCCUGCUGAAGGAGUUUCUCCGGGACAUGCCAGACCCCCUGAUUCCCAGAGAGCUCUACAGCCCCUUCCUCAGCACAGCCUCCAUGGAGGGCCCAGCACAGCUGGCCACCCUCCAGCUGCUGCUCUUCCUGCUGCCCCCCUGCCACAGCGACACCCUGCACCGCCUCUUGAGCUUCCUCAGCCAGGUGGCCCAGCAUGCCCAGAGCUCCCAGGGCCCUGAUGGACAGGAGAUUCCUGGGAACAAAAUGACAGCUUCAAACUUGGCCACAGUCUUUGGUCCCAACAUCCUUCAGAAGGAGAAGCCUGGGGAAAAAGAUGCUGUUGCCAUGAACUUUGAAGACAGUGCUGCCAUCAUACUGGUGCUCCAGAGGCUGAUUGAGCACCACCAGGCCUUGUUCAUGGUCUCUCCAGAGAUGCAGCUGGACAUCCUAAAGAGGCUCUUCCAGACAGACCCCGAUGUCAUCGACUACCUCCUGCGCAGGAAGUUCAGCGCCACACUGAGCACACAGGGUGAGGACUCGGCAGAAGACCACGCUCCAGCCCCACCACCUGCUCUGACCCACGCCCUGGAGAGAAGCUCAGUCUCAUCAGACUUGUACAACAAGGUCUCCUUCCUAAACCUGGACAUUGAGAUCUAGCAAGCCUGGGGCAUGCCCUCAGCCCUGGCCCUGUGGGCGCAGCCAGGCAGCCCUUCCCCAGCAAUAACAAGUCUCCCGCCUUGGAGGAGCGGCAGGAGUAUGGUGAACGUCUGUGGGAGCAUCUUUGCUGAGCUGUUCUGACUUGUUCGGGUUGUUCUGCUGCUGUCAGAUCCGCAGCAGAAGCGUCUGCAGGUGGCAGCAGAAAGAUCUUCUGCUGCCGCUUAGUGGGGUCCUUUUUGACUCAAGGAGAGUGUGGCCAGCAGGUUGAGGGAGGUUCUCCUCCUCCCUCUACUCUGCCCUAGCGAGACCACAUCUGCAGUUCUGGGUCCAGUUCUGGGCUCCUCAGUUCAAAAGAGACAGGGAACUACCAGAGAGAGCCCAGUGGAGGCUGCAAAGGUGCUGAGGGGCCUGGGGCAUCUCUGUGAGAAGCAAAGGCUGAGAGCCCUGGGGCUGCUGAGCCUGGAGAAGAGCAGCCUGAGAGGGGAUCUGCUCAGUGCUCAGCAAGAGCUAAAGGGUGGGGGACAAGAGGAUGGGGCCAGACUGAGGGUUCUCAAUGUCAGUUUUCCUUGAGUUCAUGCUCUGUGAAUAGAAGUUCUAGAGGAUUUUGGA